CAGACGCUGAACUUAGCGAUAAAUUCUUAGUCAUGGAGGUGAUGACAAGCGAUUACCGAUUGACCCGGGAUUUUAUUAUCCAGCUGUAUUAGUUCGGAGACUCGAAUUACCGAGCAGAUAAGCAGCGCUGAGCUCCUUGGCCACGCACGAGAAAGCUGGUCGGCAACCCUGGAUCUCAUCUUCCAGCCACCAGAGGAGAAACUCCCCGCCGCCCAAGCGAUGGUCGAUGAUGGGUUAUACGGCAAAGUUCCCAAGCCGAACGUUGUCCUGUGCAGCAUGUUAUGCGCAUGAAGGCUGCGCCGUUCCGCAUACGAGCCGGUCGAUUGCCCACGGCGUCGGGCGCCUUGACGUGCGCAUGUUCAGCUGCAGAGGGGCUCGUCGCCACAUUGCGUUGAUCAUCAUCCGCCCACAGACCAUCGUCAGUCGAGAGACCGCACCGGGCGAAUUGGCUAUCGUGGCCUACAGGAGCGUCGAAGCAGAACGUGAGGCGUCCGGCGCGCCAAAGAAGCCAGUCGUUAAACAUAUAUAUAGAAACCGCUGCUAGGACGACGAGUGAGCCGUCAGGACAUUCCAAGAGACAUCUGAUUCGCACUUUGGAGAUAAUCUUAUUGAUGUUGAGCCUGCUGGUGCUAGCGAGGACUUUUCGAUUCUGGCCACGGCCGUCGGGGCGCCGGAUAUCAUGUGGAGUAAGCUACAUAUAUCUUACUGAGUAACCUAGAG